UCUAAGCAGUGUCCAGUUUGCGGCAAAUCGUACCGCACCAACUACAAGCUGAACGAACACAUGCGGCGUCACACGGGUGAGAAGCCGUUCAAGUGUGGCACGUGUGACAAGGCGUUCCGCUCCAAGAUUGGGCUGGCUCAACACGAGGCACAACACACCGGCCAGUACGAGUACACGUGCGACACGUGUGGCAAAGGUUUCCAAUGCAAGUCGUACCUGUCGGUCCACCAGCGCGUGCACAGUGACUCGAAGCCCUACACGUGUGAGACAUGUGACCGGCAGUUCAAGACCAAGCAAAGCCUGCUCGACCACGAGAACAGGCACUUGGGCGUAAAGCCCUACCUGUGCGAGACGUGCGGCCGCGGCUUCAUCACCAAAGGCUUGUGCAAGUCGCACCAGCGUGUGCACGCGGGCACCGACAACCGCCAGUUUCCCUGCCCUGUCUGCCACAAGCUGUUUGUCAGCAAGUCCUAUCUCACCACGCAUGCGCGGAUUCACACCGGUGAAAAGCCAUUCAUCUGCGAGGUUUGUGGUAAGGGCUUUCUGACACGGGUGGACCUGCGCAUCCAUGCGACGGUUCACACGGGCGAGAAGAGCUUUGUGUGUGAGGUGUGUGGCAAGGCGUUUGCGCGUCGCGACGCCCUAAGGUGCCAUCGGCGCAGUCACACUGGUGAGCGACCCUAUCACUGUGACGUCUGCGGCCAGAGCUUCACACAGUUCUCGCCCAUGGCCAUACACAGGUAUUGCUCCUCUUUCUCCUCCUCCUCCUCCUCCUCCUCCUUCUCCUCCUCCUCGCAGUCGCCGCCAACCGCCACUCAGUCGCCACCAACCGCCACUCAGUCGCCGCCAACCGCCACUCAGUCGCCGCCAACCGCCACUCAGUCGCUGACGCAAAUAGUAGCAGGUGCCGAACAAUCAGCAGCAGACGUCUGCAGUAGCAAGCCGUUCCUGACAGCGUAUGUGUCGCAGCCGACCACGACGUCGCAGACGAUAACGACAUCGCAGCAGACAACGACAUCACAGCAGACAAUGACAUCUUUCCACUGCGAAAUGCCCGGUUAAAAUGGUUGAGUAUUGCAGCAGUCGGUGACGUACUCUACUUAACUACAUCUUGUGUCCACCUAUUAUUAUAUCGAAUUUCUAUAUAUUCCAAGUGCCGUUUUUCAAUAGUGUCAACAGUCUGAUGGAGUUCAAUGUGGUGGAAUAGUAUAUUUCGCACCUAGGGCCGAAAAUUAGACUUUUCCGGCUCGAAAUCGGUUUACAAGUCCGAGGCCGUAGGCCGAGGACUAGAAAAGAUUGAGAGCUGGAAA